AUGUACAUAGAAGGCAAUAGAAAUGAGGGCACAGCAAGUGGGGAAAAAUUUUCUGGAAAAUCAGCUGUUAACAUACAUAGGAAAACCAUUAAGAGACAGAAAAAAUAUAAAUGCCUGCAGUGUGGAAAAGUCUUGAAUCAAAAUGGGCAACUUAAUUCCUACCACAGAAUUCACACAGGGGAGAAUCCAUAUAAAUAUCCAGAGUGUGGAAAAGGAUUCAGUCAGAGUGGAUGCCUUAAUUCCCACCAAAAAAUUCACACAGGCGGGAAACCUUAUAAAUGCUUGGAGUGUGGAAAAAACUUUAGUUGGAGGCAAAGCCUUACUUGUCAUCAAAGAAUUCACACAGGAGAGAAACCAUAUAAAUGCCUGGAGUGUGGGAAAAGCUUCAGUCAGAGAAACAGCCUUACUUGCCAUCAAAGAAUUCAUACAGGUGAGAAACCAUAUAAAUGCCUCGAGUGUGGGAAAAGCUUCCAUCAGAGUGAACACCUUAAUUCCCACCACAAAAUUCACACAGGGGAGAAACCUUAUAAAUGCCUGGAGUGUGGGAAAAGCUUCAGUCGGAGAAACAGCCUUACUUGCCAUCAAAGAAUUCAUACAGGUGAGAAACCAUAUAAAUGCCUAGAGUGUGGGAAAAACUUCAUUUGGAGUGGACACCUUAAUUCCCAUCAAAGAAUUCAUACAGGGGAGAAACCUUAUAAAUGCUUGGAGUGUGGAAAAAACUUCGGUCGGAGGGGCAGCCUUACUUGCCAUCAAAGAAUUCAUACAGGUGAGAAACCAUAUAAUUGCCUGGAGUGUGGGAAAAGCUUCCAUCAGAGUGGAGACCUUAAUUCCCACCAAAGAAUUCACACAGGGGAGAAACCAUAUAAAUGCCUGGAGUGUGGGGAAAACUUCAGUCAGCGUGGACACCUUAAUUCCCACCAAAAAAUUCACACAGGGGAGAAACCUUAUAAAUGCUUGGAGUGUGGGAAAAGCUUCAGUCGAAGGGGAAGCCUUACUUGCCAUCAAAGGAUUCAUACAGGUGAGAAACCAUAUAUGUGCCUGGAAUGUGGAAAAGCCUUCAGUAAUAGUCGAAGCCUUUCCUACCAUCAAAGAAAUCAUACAGGGGAGAAACCACAUAAAUGCCUGGAGUGUGGGAAAAGCUUCAGUCGGAGGGACAGCCUUACUUGUCAUCAAAGAAUUCAUACAGGUGAGAAACCAUAUAUGUGCCUGGAAUGUGGAAAAGCCUUCAGUAAUAAUCGAAGCCUUUCCUACCAUCAAAGAAAUCAUACAGGGGAGAAACCACAUAAAUGCCCAGUGUGUGGAAAAGGAUUCGUUCGGAGAAGAGAACUUAAUUCUCAUCAAAGAAUUCACACAGGGGAGAAACCAUAUAAAUGCCUGGAGUGUGGGAAAAGCUUCAGUCAGAGUGGACACCUUAAUUCCCAUAGGAGAAUCCAUACAGGUGAGAAAUCAUAUAAAUUCCUGGAGUGUGGGAAAGCCUUUGGUUGGAGGGGAAGCCUUACUUACCAUCAAAGAAUUCAUACCGGUGAGAACCCAUAUAAAUGCCCACAGUGUGGGAAAGGGUUCUAUCAAAGUGGAGACCUUAAUGUCCAUCAAAGAAAUCACAUGGGAGAAACCAUAUAAAUGCCUUGAGUGUGGGUAAGACUUCAGUUACAGUGGAGAACUUAAUUCCCCUCGAAGAAUGCAUAGAGGCGAGAAACCAUGAAAAUGCCUCGAGUAUCGGAAAAGCUUCAGUCAGAGUGGACAUCUUAAUUCCCACUCAAAAAUUCCCACAGAAGAUAAACCAUAUAAAUGUCCUGUUAAAAUACCCUCUUAAAACAUUUUCUUUGAUGCCUUCUGUGGGAUGCGACAAUUGUGGGAACCUUUCUGAGGCCCUUCCACCUCUUGUGGGAGCCACAAGAGAGAAGGCUUCUGUCCAGGCAGCUGUUCACUUCAACCCUGCACCAGAGCAUAUGGGGAGAGCUGGUCCUGGAGAGAAAUAUGGACCGUGGAUCUGGAAAGUCCCUGGCACUAAACAUGAUAACUAAUCAACAGGCUAUGGAGCCCUUACAAGAUUUCUAGCAUUCCCUAGUCUAUCAGUUGCAUUUUCUCACUUUAAGGACAGAUCCAUGUGGAGUACAUUAAAAUAGUAUAGCCACAUGGUUAUCAUGGCAGAAUUCUGUCCUCCAUUUUAUCUUCACAACAGCCCUGUGAGCUAGGUUAGCCUGAGAGUGUUUCUGGCCUGCAUCACUCGCCAAUCUUCCGUGGUAGAGUGGUGGUUUGAAUGUUGAUUUCCCAGUUUCUAGUCUUGACUCUAACCGCUACACUC